ACCAGAAAAUUUGUAUCAAAGAGUUUCCUAUCCAACAAGAUUAGGAAAAUGCAAGAAUUCUUUGGCCUUGAGGUAACUGGAAAUCUGGAUUCUGCAACUUUGGAAGUAAUGGAGAAACCUCGAUGUGGAGUCCCUGAUGUUGCUGAAUAUAAUCACUUUCCAGGAAUGAUGAAAUGGAAAAAGAACAAAAUAACAUACAGAAUUUUAAACUAUACACCGGAUAUUCCAUCUACUGAUGUGGAUACAGCGAUUUCGCAAGCUUUGAAGGUUUGGAGUGACAUCACACCUUUGAAGUUUAGAAGAAUCUUUGAAGGAGAAGCUGAUAUCAUGAUCUCAUUUGGGGCUCGAGAACAUGGGGACAAUUAUCCAUUUGAUGGAGCUAAUGGAUUACUGGCCCACGCUUUUCCUCCUGCAGCAGGCCUUGGAGGAGACACUCACUUUGAUGAAGAUGAAACCUGGACAAUGGGAUCAGAUGGAUAUAACCUGUUCCUUGUGGCUGCCCAUGAAUUUGGCCAUGCACUGGGACUCGCUCACUCUCGUGAUCCUGGGGCUUUGAUGUACCCCACAUAUACAUUUACAAGUAUGAAUGAGUUCAGCCUUUCUCAGGAUGAUGUGAAUGGAAUCCAGGCUCUGUAUGGUGCAACAGAUGAAAUCAACCCAAAACCCAGACCACCACCAUCAAAGACACCAGAUAAGUGUGAUCCUGCUUUGUCCUUUGAUGCAGUUGCUAGUCUUCGAGGAGAGAUGAUGUUUUUCAAAGACAGGUUUUUCUGGAGGAAACAUCCACAACUGUCUGAGGUUGCAUUGACUUUACUUAAAUCAUUAUGGCCAAAGAUUCCCACAGGGAUUGAUGCUGCGUAUGAAAACCUGAAGAGGGAUUUCCUUGUUGUUAUUAAAGGGAAUAAAUACUGGGCCAUCAAUGGCUAUGAUAUCAUGCCAGGUUACCCAAAGCAGAUCUAUCGAUUUGGUAUUCCAAGAUCAGUCAGGAAAAUAGAUGCAGCUGUUCAUAUCAGGGAAACUUCAAAGACUUUAUUCUUCGCAGGAGACGAGUACUGGAGUUAUGAUGAAGGAAAACAAGCUAUGGAUGAAGGUUUCCCACGCCUGAUAGCAGAUGACUGGCCAGGACUUCCUCCAAGAGUAGAUGCAGCAUUCGAAGAGCAUGGAUCUAUUUACUUCUUCUCUGGACCCGUUCACUUUCUGUUCAACAUCAGAGCACAACGAGUACUUCAGAUUUCCAGAAUCAACCAAUGGGUGGGCUGUUAG